CAACCACUUGUGGGAAGCUUCUCUCCAGUGCUGGGACCAAUAUACAAGACCAGCCCAGACUUCCUCCUGGAACCUAGGUAUUCCCCCUUCUCCUGCACACAAGCCCUUCAGAGACCGACAAUGACAACUGAUAUGAUAGAGAGCAAUAACACGAAAUCCAGUGCUCCCCUACUGACCCAAAGAUACCUGAGGAUGGUGACCAAGGAUGGACAUAGCACAUUCCAGAUGGAUGGUGCCCAAGGAAAAAGUCUGGCAUACCUCCGAGAUGCAUGGGGAAUAUUAAUGGACAUGCGGUGGAGAUGGAUGAUGCUUGUCUUUUCUGCUUCUUUUGUCAUUCACUGGCUAGUCUUUGCAGUGCUUUGGUAUUUUCUGGCUGAGAUGAAUGGGGACCUGGAGCUGGACCAUGAUGCUCCACCUGACAACCAUACUAUAUGUGUCAAAUACAUCACCAGCUUUACAGCUGCUUUCUCCUUCUCACUGGAGACGCAACUCACAAUUGGUUACGGCACUAUGUUCCCAAGCGGGGACUGUCCCAGUGCUAUUGCACUGCUUGCAAUACAGAUGGUCCUGGGGCUCAUGCUGGAAGCCUUCAUCACAGGUGCUUUUGUGGCAAAGAUCGCUCGACCCAAGAAUCGGGCAUUCUCCAUCCGCUUCACCCGCUCUGCCGUAGUGACGCACACAGAGGGAAAGCUGUACCUUAUGUUCCAGGUGGCCAACACACGCUCCAGCCCACUAACUAGCGUCCAAAUUUCUGCUAUACUCUACCAAGAACAAGAAAAUGGGCAGCUGCACCAAACGAGUGUUGACUUCCACCUAGACAGCAUUACUUCGGAUGAGUGUCCUUUUUUCAUCUUCCCACUGACCUACUACCAUUCAAUCACCCCAUCCAGCCCGCUGGCUGCUCUCCUCCAAAGAGAAGCUGCUCAGCAUUUUGAGCUGGUUGUCUUUCUGUCAGCUGUGCAGGAGGGCACAGGAGAAACGUGUCAAAGGAGAACGUCCUACCUCCCCUCAGAGAUCAUGCUGUACCAUCGCUUUGCCUCUGUGCUAGCCCGCAAUGCCAAAGGUGAAUAUCAGAUCAAGAUGGAGAAUUUUGACAAGGCUAUUCCUGAGCUCCCAGCUGCAGCUGACUCAAAGAGUCCAAAAAGGACUGACAAGGAGAUCCGCAUCAAUGGGCAGCAUGCUGACAGCUUCCAGCUCUCUGAGACUGGCCUCACAGAAUAAAGAGAGCAGACUUUGAACUUUGUGCUUUUUUAAUUAUUAAUACAUUAAACUUUCAGGUUCCAUUUACAACCUUCCUUCCUUGCCUGCCCUGCCAUCUUCUAGUGAUCUUUCUCUUGUACUCCCAUCCUUUUGAUUACAACAUAAUACGCAGAGUAAAGAGAACUGGUGUGCCCACGUAAACUGAGGAAAGGCUGGAUUAACCACCCAGGACAACGUCAGGUACAAGAUUCACAGUACUAAUUCUUGGAAAUUAAAAGAGCUGCAUGCCAAAUUCACCAGACUACAAUUAAAGCCGCACCGUCCCUGAAAGGAGAGAACUUCAAAACUCCCAAAGCUGACCAAAAUCAUAAUUAACCAGCUUGUGACAAAAUGGAAUACACCACAGAACAAAAAACUCAGCCAAAACCAAUACAGGGUAAUUCAGUGAAUAUAUUAAUUCUGGUAUAAGCAACUCUAUUAAUCCAAGAUCCUAAUUUUUCUGUCCUCUUAACUCUUUGGGGAUACAGAGUUAUGAGUUUUCAGAUGGCCGAAUUCACUCUUAGAAAGUACUGCCAAUCUCUCAUGGCAGUGAAAAGCACUCCUGCUGUGCUUAUUAAGCAAAAUUGUAAAUACUAACUGUAGUUCUUCCUUCUGCCAAAUAAGAGAACAUCUCAUUUCAAGACAGGUCUAUGAAGACACUAUCAAAAAAAUCUUGACGUAUAUGACAGCUGCUGCAGCGGAAAUUUUUUCGUGUCUGGAAACACUGAGUAAAUUAUUUAGCAGUGGAAAACAAACUACUCUAAAUGAAUUAAUGUACUUUUUUUUUUUUUUAAAAGGACCAUACAUUCCACAUGUUCUCACCUUUGCGCUGCUUGUCUCAAGUAGAUCUGACCCAGAAGGGUGCACUAUAUACAUGAAAAGAACUGCAUCCAUUUAUAUUUUAUGCUUUUUAACAUCAAUAUUUGCCUGUACACACAGCACAAAAAUAUUUAGACACAGUUGAAUCAAUUUUAAAAUAAAAAAUUAAAACUAUACACAAGACUUCUGUAUUUAAGUGCCUCAUAACUCUAUUGCAAUUAAGACACUGUUCUGAAGUUCCUAAUUUAAGUAGCUAAAGGAUAAACAGAAUGAUGGAUAAUUAUUUCCAAGCUCUCAACAAAAGCAGUGCCUAUUAUGCAUUCAUACCUGCACAGACAAGUAUCAAAAUAAAGUAAAAGUUAUCCAUCAAGUGUAAAAGACUUUUUUACCAGAAACCAAGGUGGCAUAAAACACAACUUUCAUUGACAACAGCAUAAUACACUACCAAAUACGCAUCCUUUUAGCUUCACUGAAGUGGUCAGGAGCAGGAAAAACAGUCUCAAGCUAUCUGAUGAGAUACUGUUUAAGGGAAUUCUUCUCAAGCCCCAGAACUCUGUUAAUGGAAGUGUGUUCACCACCCAAAAAAAGUUUGCAACAAGGUACUUUGUUUUAGGGUCUGGGGAAAUUGGAAGCAGUCCCACAGAAGCAUUUUCACACAGGAAAGGGGAAUGAGGCAGAGGGCCUACAUUUUCACUGCAAUUCAACUCUCAUUCCGAUAUUGUUGAACUGAUAUGUACUGCCUCCCCACAUUCCAGACCUCAGACAGAUCUGGGUUUACUACAGAUACUCUGAAAAUAUCCUUUUUUAAAUUUAAUUUUAUGUAAAAGCAUUCAUUAAUAUUAUGGAGCUUGGACAGCAACACACUAUCAAGUUACAUUGUCUUCAUCCCUACUUUUCUUAGCUGUUGACGCAUAUGCGGACUAAAGAUCCUUUUUCCACCCUCAUAUCAGUACCAAUAAUUAAGUACUUCUUGCAAGUGUCAUUUCCAUGUUCUCCAUCAAUCUAAGACAUUGAGAAGGGCCUUACAAAUUAAGAACCAGCACAAGAGCAGUAGAACAGAUUCCUGUGUCAAGUCUGAAAAAACAUUUAUGAUGAGAGCAAUAUUCUGUGUGAGGUAUUGUUUUUCCCAUAUAUCACAUACUCCAAUCUCAAGACAAACCACUUGUUCUAAAAUUCAGAUACAUAAUCCCAACAGGACAGUACCAUAAUCCAACCAUUUAGAGCCAAAGUUAUAAAAAGCUAUUUCUAAUUUCUAUUAACACCUAAUCAAAGUGUGGGCAGCUUGCUUUGGUUUCUACAUGACUUGAUACUUUGAAGUUGUCCUGGUUUUUAAAUAAUUUUCUACUUACAGAUUUGGUUCAAAAGCAAGGGAAAAAAGCAAGAAUAAAGAGAAAAAUACGUUUAGUAUACACUAAACACAAUGUUCAAAUACUGCAUUUUGGAAUGUAAAGCUCAAUACUACUACAGAAGCAAAUUAGUCAAACAACUGUGUAGUUACUUCAGAACAGCUGCAGAACAAGGGGUAAACAAAACACCCCUAUUGCUUUUACAGUUCUAGAGAGCUGAUGAACCAUGGAUGUCUGAAAGUAUUGGAAACAUGGCAUGGCCCAACACUGGAAAGCAAUCCUGGAGAAAUUGCUGAUUGGGGUGAUGCAACGAAACUGCACUCUACAUUUUGACUAACAUCGCAAGGCCAAGCUGGUGAUGAGCUCCUUUGGAUGCACUUCUUGCUAGUGAGGUAGGGAAGAAAAACAAGCCAGGCAGAAUAGGGGGUAAGAGCAACUCAAAGAAAUUCAACAUCCUUUUAAUAGUCACUUGGACACCCUUUUUAGAUUCAUCUUCUUAACCUAACCAAAAAACACAUUGAACAAAACUCAGUCAGGUUGCUCAACUGACUUACUGUCUUGUUUAAUCUACAUUACAACUAGUUACUACCAGUGUGUAAUUGCUGGUAACUAAUCAAAUCCCCUCAGCUACUAAGCUGGUAUUAGUCAAGAGGUUGCACAGAAAAUUAAGCAGCUAUCUUGCAGUUCUAGAAGAGAGCCAUAAUCAAGAAAACUUGAUCAUUUUCUUUGCUAAUGGCCUCAGCCUUCCAGAAGGGAUUCGGGUUCUCAAUGAAGUCCAUCAGGACUGUGACAGUGGGCAACAGAAACUCGCAAAUACUUUGUACAUCUUCAAUUCACAUACUGAAACUAAGAACGUACAUUGUUUAUGUCAUGAAUUAGACAAAUGUGAACUUGCAAAUUGUUGUGAGCACUGAAAAAGCAAUUUUUAAGAACAGUUGUUCUUAAGUGUGUUGAUCAUAUUUGAGAAGUAAUUCUUUGUUGAAGGUCUAUUACUUUUUUAAUCUCGUGAUUUUAAUAGAGGGGUUCUUGCACUGUCAUCCAUUAUGAAUGACCAGAACAGUUUAAUAAUAGAUCUCUUAUUAAUUCUGGAAUAUGAUCGCCCAGAACAAAGAACAUGAAAAGUUGGCAACUCAGUAAAUUAUGUAAUCUGAGGCUAAGCCAAGGCUCUACAAAAGAGCAAUGAAAAACUGAAGUACAAUAAAGUUGGGGAAUAAAAUCUUACAUUAAGGAGUUUAACAAAAACCAAUACAUGCCUCUGCUAAAGCACGCUGGCCUGAAUUAUAAACUGCAUGUCAGUUCAUUCCUUGAUCUUAUUGCUUCUCCCAGUGUUUUGUGUGGUAUACUAGUGCUUGGUAUUAAUGUGGGACUUCUUUUGGCACAUCUGUAUCCUUAUCUCACACUCAAAAUAUUUUGUCAUUGGAAAGCCUUUACGUAACAGUAACUACUUGUUCAUUAAGGCUUGAGUCAAAACAGACCAAUACCUUCCGUUAACAAUUUUGUGCUCUCCACCUUAUUUCUCUUUGAAAGUAAAGAGGAGAGGAAUGAUGUUCCCGCUUACUGGGAAAUUAAUCUCUAACAUAGCAAUAUGCAGACAAACUACUAUUAAUAUAAAAAAACCUGUUUUAACAAAACUUAAGAUUGCAGGUCUCUUGCUUCUAUCGUACGUGCUACAGAGCUUUCAGUCAAGUAAGAUCAAAAUAGAAGAGAAAUAGAACAAGAGACUUAAUAGAAGCAAUCAGGUGCUACAGAAAGCUUCAUGAUUUGAGAAUAAGUACACCAUGCCUCACAGUGAACCAGGACUUCCACAGCACACAUGAACACCAUCUUUUAUAGAAAAUGGUUCACAGAAGAUGUAUUCCAAAGUACUGAUCACUAGUACUUGCUAUAAACAACACAGGCCCUAUACUAGCUGAAGCAUUAACCCUCACUUCCAGGCAGGUCAGCUUCAGUAAGUACAUCUUGCAUACUGUAAAUUCUUCUCAUUUUCAGCUGAGAGAUACAUCUCAUCCUAAACUGACAUGCAAUAUUUUUAUCACAGUCUAGAUCACACAUGGUGCAUUCUAUAGUCUGGAUCUGGAGGUGUUGUAAUUUUAUCACAACAGGAAGGGGCUAAAUAAAGUGGAAUCAACAGUGGGAUAUAUAUUCACAUCUGUGUGUCUUUUGUAAAAAAUGCACUCCUGAAAUCUCAGUAGCACUUAUUUUUUCCUAUUCUCAUUUUUUUUCCCAAAAGGUCUCUGAAUAUAAAGGCACACUAAAAGUCUGAAGUUUCACUACUGGCAUUUAAAAGAUGGAUAAUCUCAGACCAAUCUCAAGUUAUUUUUAGAAGUAACCUCUUUUUAAGGACAACAACGAGGAAAACAAGCAACAUCUUAGUUUUGUGUUAACUUUCAACUUAAAAACCAGAAAAAAGCACUGUUUAAAAUAGAUAAAAAAAAUAAUGUCCUAUGUGGAGAGAGGACUGGGAGAGCUUUGAAAGCAAACAUGGUAAUUUACGACUCUCAAGGCAUGUGCCACCAUGGUAAUCUGGAAGGUUCUUAAAAUGAAAACUUACGCUUCUCUCACCACAAAAACCACCGAUAGCUAAGCAGGGAUUAAAAUACAUUCCUGUCAACUUCUAAUUGCAACUGAAUCUCUUCGGGUUUGUCUUGAAAUUGGACCUGCAACUGUCUUCUCUGACCUAUGCUUUAUCAAUAUAUUCAGUAAGGAGGAUAUUUAGCUAAGACUCAUCCAGCGAAGACCAAGAGAUCCUCUGGGUCCUAAAAAAGACAAGACUCAUUUUUGUACUUUUACUAGUACAAAAGCUCUCACUAAGCACAGCUAUGGUACAUGCAUGUGGAAACAUGCCAUGGAAAAAGAGCAAGGUCAUACCACUGAACAAUGAAUACAUAAACCUAUGAAGCAGAAAAUCACUGUAGCUACCAUACAACCAGUUGAUGGAGAACUUUAAAGGAAGUUCUUCCCACUCUCAGAAUACAGAUUUUACCUAAAUGGAUACGUUUCAUCUCCAAGAUGACAACCCACUCCAAGUUCAGAUGAACAUUCAGACAGAUACUGGGUCACAAUUAAAGAUCCAGUAUUCUGCCUCAAUGUGGCCAGGGUGAAGCAUUUAUGAAACAGAACAGAAAAGAAAAGGCAGAGAGGGGGACCAGACAAUAGCCUGAAUGAACAGAAGAUCUGUAUGACUUCAAAAAAUUUGACAGACAGCAAAUCCAUCAGCAUGGAAACCUCAGAACAUUGCUGCUGGGAUCUACCUCACACUAGCAAACACUCAAAAAAAAUUAAUAGUUCACAUGGUCCAGAAGUCCUAUAAACCAAAAGAGCACACACCAGGAAUGUUUUAAAAGCUGAAAAGCUGCAUUGAAAAGGCAUAUUGCCACAGCACACCUGUUAAUCACUACCUACUCCUUUCACAGAGGUACAGGGAUGUUGUUCCAGCUGUAGACAUCACAUCUUAAUUGAAUAAACAGAACCUACUUAGUGCAGAUAUUUCUUAUCUAAAACAUUUAAACAUCUAAUAGUGAAAACACCACAAAACAAGAAAGACAACUUUGAGAACACAUUUAAGUAGCCUGGCACAGUAUCAUGAAUCUUGUAUCAUCAACAUACUGGGAGCAAUAAGAAAGGUUUAUGUACAUACAGGUCCCUUCCACAAAACACACCCUGUUCCUCCCUCCCAUUUUCAGCCCAUACAGU